AAAACGGCCUUGCGUAACUUUGUUGCUACGCUUUUUAUUCAAGUUAUUUCGUCUUUGUAAGCUCUUGUCGCGUCACGUUAAUUCAAAUCACUCAAACGCUAUUUCAGCAAACGUUUUUAACAGUUAACUCGGAUGCUUAAUAACAAAAUGUGCUUUCACGCGAAAGGAAAAAGGCUCUAAUAGUAUCAAAGUGGGAUAGUUUUGUCGUAACUUCACAAUUCCCAAGGCGGUCGUUACUCGGUACAAAGGCAGUCUCAUCACUUUGUUGUGGUUAAGUCAAACUGCACAAUGGCCGCACGAUUCACCGAUUAAUCUGCUACUAAGAAGUGCUACCUCAAGCUAUUCUAGUCGUUUAAUUGGUGCAUUUGUUCGUUUUGGGAGGUUUUUAAUUGCACCUCCCACCGUAGCGCAUUUAGGUGCGUUUUAAGCAGUGUAUGAAGUUCCUAACUAUUGUGUGAGCAGAAACCUGUAAAACCAUGGAUUCGGUGGAUAUUAGCGCAGCUACUUCCACAGGAGAUAAUAAACGGAGUGUCAGCAAGAAGAAUAGAGAUUGGCACAAACGGCUCCACCUCAGGAAGACUGCCGCUCAAACCCCAACUAUGCAACGUGAAGAUAAGCAUGGACCAAAGAAGAUAGUAGAGGAGUGGGAGCAAAGCACAGUGUGGCCUUCAUCAAAGAAGCCCCCCCAGGAAGCACAACAGAGUCAGCACAGGACAAAUGACAGCGGAAAUACACUCAGGUUCACAUGCUCUCAAUGUAGGGACAACUUGGAAUAUGUUCCCAAAGACUUAGUGAGACACUUUGAGGAAAAACACAGAGGGAGCCUACCAGUUUUUUCCUGUCAUAUGUGUACUUUUAGUACACAUGAGUUCUCCUACCUUCAGGUUCAUCUAUUAAGCCACAAGGACACGUUUUCUAGUUGCAGCAUUUGUAAUGACAAUGUUCAACGCACAUGGCCUGAAUUCAGUGCACACCUGAUUAUGUAUCACUGCCAAAAUGGCAAAUAUUCAUGUGAAAUUUGUCAGAAAUUCUCCACAGGUGAUGAUAGAGUAUUUUUAGAGCACAUGUAUGCACAUAAUUUGGGCCUGGAAGGAGCUAAUGAUGUUCUAUCGCUGCCCACAAAGGACAAGAACAAGUUUGGGCCUAAAACAACCACUCAAACUUUACGUUGUCAGCACUGUGGCUAUGAGGCAUCUCAGAAAUGUUUGAUUACUAAGCACAUUAAAGCUGUUCAUGUUUGCCAGAAUGGUAAUCAGAGGAAGAAGAAGAAGAAGGGGGUUCAUUCCAUAGCAAUGAAACCCAGUGACCCAAUCCCAAAAAUUAAGCCUAGAUUAACAAGGAGUGCAGUUAGGGAAAUGUGCUGGCUGACACAGGACUGCCUUUCUCUGCCAGGGAGAGAAUUCCUGGAUAAAUACUGCCAUCUGUCCGAUCCACAAACCACACUAGAGGAGACGCAACAGUUUUUGAUGAAAUCUGUUGCCGGGGAAACCGGUGACCAGAAAUGGACCAAGGCUCUUAAAACCGUUUUGUCAAAUGUCCCUCAAGAUAUGAAUCUUCACCCGAAGUCAGAGAAUGGCAUCCUGUCGAACUCAUCGGAUACUGUCCUGACAGUCAAGAACAAGAUAACUGUAGAUCAGAAUGGUGCAACCUACGCCAAAAGGUUGCAAAUGAUGACAUCAUCAGAUAAGGAAACUGUUUCCCCUGAAAGUGCUGCUGAUGAUGCUUGUUGUGUAGUUGACCAAAAUGGAUGUCAGUCAAAUUUGAACGAUGAUACACCUUGUCCACAGACAGAAACCAAACUAAAUAAUGACGUCUCAAUGCCAGCCCAGAAUGAGCCAUCUGAGUGCACUCAAAUGCAGGAAACAAGAGAGAAUCUGGAUUUAAAGACUGAUCGGGAAAUCGAGGAACAUGGCAAAAAACAUGAGGAGCCUAUGCAUGAGGAUGGGAUUAAUAUCUCCAGUGAGCUGAAGUUGACAAAUGAGAGCGAAGAGCAGACAUCCAUUUAUAAAGUUGUACCAAAAAAUAAGCUACGAAAUCGAAGACGAAAAAGAAAGACCAGAUGCAAAAAAGUGGAUAAAAGAUCAUUGGGAUUGGCCUUAAAGAUAGUGCUGAAGAAGAACCCAGAGAAGGAGAAGCAGUGGGUGUCACAAAGCUCUUUGUCUCCAUCAGGAGGUGGUCCGACGAAUGAUUGUCAUGGACUGCCGAGCCCUCAUACAACAUUGGAGGAGACGGCGCAGAUUCUCCAAAACACGCUGCUAACAGAAGAACACCAGAAGACACGGACCAAAGCUUCCAUAACUGACCUGCACGACCCCUCUGAAGCCAUCACUUCAAUUCCACAAUCAAAGCUAGAAGAAGAACAAACCCCCAGUUGUGCUGCAAAGCCACUGGGGUCUAAAAAUAUGGACGGAAACACUACUGUCGUGCUCGACGGUUUGCCGUCGCCACAUCAAGAAAUGCGAGAUGGCGCAGAGAAGUCACUGCAGUUAUCGGAAACAGAACUUGACAAGAGCAGUUCAACUGGUAGGACACGUCAGUCAAAUUUGAGAGCUGGAGCCGUGACUGAAGUAGAGUUGUGCCACGAGAACACACACCUCCAAACAUCAGGCGGUGACGAUGUGUCAGAUGCUGAGAUGAGUUCAGCCAUUGAUGGAGUGACUCCUCAUAGCAGUUACACCAAGUCUUCCCCUGUUUCCCAACCUGUUAUUACACCACAGGGUAAGAUAAACUCUGAAGAUUUCAGCCUCGCUCUCUCUUCAGAGCAGAGUGAGCAGAUUAUUGAGGGGAUGAGAGACAGAGAAGUGGCGGCAGACUCCUGCCGAGAUCUCCUCGGCAACACCAACUUGCCUGCAGGGAAAGCCAUCCAACAGGAGCCCUCACCAGCCUCUGGUCGUCAGUGGCAGCUGGUCCCAAAAAACCUGGAGAGGCCCCUGAAGUUAGUAGCCAUAAAUCCAUCUCAGCUGGUAAAGCGUCCAGCGGGAGACCAGCCUGUUGUGGUGCUAAAUCAUCCAGACGCUGACAUCCCUGAGGUGGCCAGGAUCAUGGAGGUCGUCAACAGGUACAGAGGAGAGGUGCAGAAGGUCGUACUGUCCCGGAGAACUUUGAAUGCUCUCUCAGCCGUGAACGGUGAGGUCCCUAAGACCAACGACCCAACAGAUGCCCAACCUGAUUCUGCGGGGCAUGGUAAAAACUCUGUACAGGAGAGGUUUAUGUUGAAAUUGAAACUUCGUAGGGUGAGCAGGAAAAAGUAUGAAGUGGUCGGUGCAGUCUCUCCCAGCAGGGACGCUGCGACGAAGUUUCGCUGCUGGUAUUGCGGCAGGCUCUUUGCAAAUCAGGAAACGUGGAUGGUCCAUCAGCAGCGACAUCUGAUGGAGUGGAAAAGGCCAAACUGUGAAAACUCUUAAAUGUCACACACACUGGAUGAAAAACAAAAAUAGUCUGGAAGAAGGUGACUUUGCAAUACAACAAAACAAUAAUGGAAACAGUGAUAGCCAGCCUCCUCCGUUUAUAAAAAAAAAAAAGAGUCUUAAUUAUGAUUGGUUGGUUUUGAGGAGAAGCUAAUCGUUAUCAGGCUUCCAGGAGGGUUCACAUUCUCAGGGUAAUUUAAACAUUUACCUGUUGUCUCUCUCCCAGUUUGAGCAGCUUGAUACACGAACUCUUUGUAGAUCCUUGAUUAUUUGUAAAGCCACAAGGACAUGGUGUUGAUAAUUUAGUUCUUUGUAUUGUUUGUAUUUUGUCUACGCAAUAGCUUUAUUUAAGGUGAUUUAAGUACACUGUCGUAUGUAAUAUUUUCCAGAACACUGUAAUAUGUAUAUUUGCCAUACCAUCUGAGUUUUAUGAAUCAGUUUAUGUACGGGUAGGCUAUACAGCGUGGUAGCUAUCAUAUUUAUGUUUUUGGAAUGGGACGCAGAGACCCACAAGUUACUCAGAUAUACCAAAACUGUGUGUUUUUAAAAAAACAAACAAAAAAAAGAAGACAAUAAGCUGUUUUUUUUCAACAUUUAUUUAUGACUCUUAGGUUUAGUCUUUAUAUGCUUUUCUUUAUGCUCUUUUGGGCCAUUGGGAGAUGUAUUUGUAACAUUUUUGUAUAAACUCCAAAUUAUGUUCAAAUAUAGCAUUAUGUGUAAGAGGUAUAUUUCCAUGCAUUCAUUCAGUGGAAGCUAAUAUCCCUAAAGACGAUUAAUUUAAAAAAGCAAACCUGUGUUUUGUGAUGUCAAUGAAAUACUAGCAAAAUUGUUUCUUUUUAAAUCUGGAUUUAAGAGGCCUAGAUGAUUUGAUCAUGUGUUUUUUUUUUUUCUCAAUAAGUUUCCUCUUGACUUGAAAUGAUAAUCGUAUUUUUUAAUUGCACUAUGAAAGGAGGAUUUAUAUUUCCCUAUUACCUCACCUUAUCAGGCCCAAGCCUUUGACAAUCUCAACCAGUGUCCUACUGUGGCUAAACAUUUCCUUAUGCAGCCAUGAUCCCUCAGUAUUCUCAGCAAGGGAACUGUCUGUCUCUGUGUGUGUGUGUGUGUGUGUGUGUGUGUGUGUGUGUGUGUGUGUGUGUGUGUGUGUGUGUGUGUGUGUGUGUGUGAGAGAGUGAGAGAGUGAGAGAGUGUGAGUGACACGGACCAUUGGACAGAUGUACCUGUCCUGUAUACUGAUAUUGUGCAUGUAUCCUUGUUUCUGGAGCACACACUUCAGUGUCAGUAACUCACUGUAUAUAUAUUUCAAUUUAGAUAAAAGAUUUAUAAUUGUAUAUAGUCCAGAUAGAGGUACUGUAAAAUAUUACCUGAGAAUUUUCACCAAGUGCCUAGGAAUUUUUGUUAUGCAACAAAUGUGCGUGAGUAUGAUAGCAUUACUUGUCGACCAGAAAAUAAAUGAACCAGUUUUUCAGUUCCUGGUGGCAUUCUGUGAUGACUGAAGACGUGAGCUGAGUUAAACAACAUAAGAGAGGAGUUUUAUUAAUACAAAAGAAAAUAUACAACCUUGUGUUUUUGGCUCCCCCAAAGUAUUGCUGUCAUAAACAAAUUAUUUGUCUACCAGCUUCUUUCAGCUACAGCAACUCAUCUCAUUCCUUGCAUUAAUUUACUGACUGAGCAUUAAAAAAAAAAACAUCUUAAUAAAACACAUGAGUUAAAAAGU